AAAUAUGGAACUAGGGUUAGGAUUUGAGGAUGAAGAUUUUGAACAGAAUAAUAAGGCAAAAGAACCAAUAAUUUCAUAUAAUGCCAAGUUUUGUUACUCAAAAUGGUUUAAUGACAAUGAAGAAAUAGAGAAAGCUGCAGAUAAAUCUCAGAUAUAUAAAUUUAGUGCUGAUAGUUUCUAUUAUAAUGGUGACUAUACACAAGCUUUAAAGAAAUACCAACUAUGUAAAGGACUGAUAAUAAAUAUUUAUUGCAGGAAAAUAUCAGGGCAUCAUCUUUUCAAAGACUUUUUGACUAUUCGAGAAACCGAGAAAUCACAAACAGAUCAUUUACCGUAUGAGUUGACACCAGUAUGGAGAGAUGUAGUAGAAUCUAUAGCUAGAUGUUACUUAAAUCUACACCAAUUUGAUAAAAGUGAGAGAAUAGCCAGACAUUUGCUGGAAAAAUCUGAGUAUAUAAUAUUUAAAAGACAAAGUUUAACUUUAUUGUAUGAUAUACAAAGUACAAGGAAUGAUGAUAUGGAAGAUCAAAUAGAAACGUUACAGUCACUGUUACAGUUAGAUUGUUGUUACGCGCCAUACUGGUAUAAAUUAUAUCAUUUAUAUAGAAAACAACAUGAGUUAUCUCCCCCUGCUGUUAGCAAUAGUAAAUAUUCAUAUCCCGUUAAAGCAGCUACCUGUCUUGUUAGGGCAAGAUUUUUAAGAAGAGCCCUGCACAAUCAAGCCUGUGAUAUAGUAACAGAGAGAAAUUCUAAAAUAUUGAUAGAAAUAGAGAAAUAUUUAGAAGAAUUAAAUAUUACAAUAGAAAUCAUUAACACCAUCAGAUCUUGGAUGUUAAGUACACAGCAAGAAGAAAAUGAAGAAAAUACAUUAGAAAAUAUUUGUGAAAAUAUAUUGAGUGGAAGGGAGUUAGAAGAGAAAUGGUUUGGAUGGUCACAGAAUAGUCAUCAGCUUCCUGAAAAGUCUUCUUGAUGAAGAUAACAUACUGAUACAAAAAUAUGAAUAUGAUGAUGCAUUCAAUCAUUUGUGAAGGUGUAAUGAAAGUGUCUUGAGAUGGUUGUUACCUGUGUAAACUGAAAGGAUAUGGAUGUGUUAAAGUCUGUUGUUAUUGAAGUAUGGGUAUAAGAUAUAUGGUAAUUUUUGUCAGUGGUCAAAAGAACAAUGAAGUAACCUUACAAAUGUUUGCUAACAAUAAAUUGUGUUUUUCA